ACAACCCGUUUUUAUACAGAGGUCAGCACUAUGCGAUUUGAAGAUUGCACGUGAAAAUUCUCCACUUUUAGUACAUUUCUUACUAUCUUAGUGUAGUUUCUACGUACUUGCUGGGAAGUGACAGCGCUAUCCGAAAUAGGCAGUUCAACUUAAAUAUCAACAAAAUGACAGCUAAGAUUUCAGAGUUAAGGCUAGAUGUGGAACAGCUGAAAGGACUUCUAGAGACGGCUACUAGGAACCGUGUCAAGGAUUUGCUUGUUCUGAACAUAGCGAAGCUGGAGACUGAGAUAACGAAACUAGUGGAACGGGAAGAAUCAGCUGCAAAGGAGGGAGGUGAUAGCAAUACAGGGAAGCCAAGACCUGUUCAAGCUAAUAUGCCUUUCCGAGUCAAGUUGUCAACAUAUGGCUGGGAAAAUGAUGGAAAGUUCAUAAAGGUCUACGUAACACUAAAGAAUGUUCACAAUAUACCAAAGGAAAAUGUUUCAGUGGAAUUCACAGAGACUUCAAUGUCGCUUAACGUAUCUGAGCUGGAUGGGAAGAGCUAUAACCUUCCAAUCCACGAUCUUCUCCAAUUGAUUGAUCCCAGUUCAAGUUCUCACAAGGUGAAAACCGACAUGGUGCUGGUGAACCUACGGAAGAAGGAUGGAACGAACACGUGGAAUCACGUGACGAAAUCAGAUGUGAAGAAAACAGAUGCCAAGGCUGCUGCACCCAGCAUGGGAAAAGAUGCCGGCGAGGACCCCAACAAAGCGAUGAUGAACAUAAUGAAGAAGAUGUACGAUGAGGGAGAUGACGAAAUGAAGAGAUCCAUUGCCAAGGCUUGGACAGAGGGAAAGGAGAAAGGUGGAGGAGGAUUCCCAGGACUUCCAGGAUUCUGAGAACCUCUAAUGGGUUGUUAAGAAAUAUUCUAAAAUUGUCUACACUUGUCUUCGGCAAAAUGAUUUCUAUCAGUCUGAGCAGAGUGGUAAACUUAUCGCAGCAAUUAUGUAACAUGAUCCUUUUCAUUUUUUACGUCAUUUUUUUAAAUUUAUAAUUGUAGAAUCUUGCACCCAGACACUAUGACCCUCCUCAUCGCCUGGUUUAAAGUCGUUGUGAAAUUUCCUGAUUGCCAGUUUUAGUUGUGGUAUUGUAAGAAUUUAUUGAGCCAAGUAAAGUUUCAGUAGCAAGAAAGGCAGCACCUACUCGUUACAUUGCAAGUUCAAGGGCAGAUUGAAAUUCUGUGAUAAGCGUUCACAAAAUUUGUGUUUACCUCUGUAAUAAUGUAAUUUAAACUAUUAUCAUCAUUA